AUGUCCGGAGCAGAGGGUAGAGGUCAUUUGAGAGGAAAGGUCACGGAUGCAAGUCUCGUGCAUGAGGGUGGAAGGAAUGUGCUUCUAGAGCUGUUGCUCAAGCCCAACUUCAGCAGCAGACUCUUGCUCCAGAUGGUCCAGGCAAUGCACAUAGCUAGUGCCCUUAGCCAAGUCUCCACGUUGGCUAGAAGUGAGAGAGGUCUCAACCGUGGAAUGGACACCCCGGUUUCCCAUUGGCGUAGAACUUUAAGACAUGAAAUACAAUGGCCUGGUACAGACUGGAGAACCCUUGAAGUCGAGGGAAUCGGGCCAGUGCUCAGCGCGACCCCCAAUCCCCUUUGGUAUCAGUUUAAGCUGGGCGGGCAAGCGGUGGAUCCCCCGCAGCCCGGUCCCAAAGGUUACCACGACAGCCAAAGUUUGGGGAUUUCUCCCGUCAUGGCGGUUCCAUUGCUGUCGGGUACUGACGAUAAAAGUGAGGCAUUGAUGGAUAGUUCAUUACCUAGACCGGAGAGAUGGCCUGACCACGGAUGCUUUUGUGACAUAUGUGGAAUGCGGCUGGAGUCGCGAAUGUUCGACCACUGGAAUGCUUCAACUUUCUUUCACUGCAGUAACAGCCCUGACACGCUCGCCCACACCGAGCUCAAGAUAAAGAACAGCUAG